UUUAGCUGGUGGCUUUUUAUGUAUGCAUGUGAGGGAAAUUUAUUUUCGAUUCGUUUCCCGCAAUCCGUCAAAACAUGGAAGAAGACUGGGACGACGUGAUGAAUAAUGGGCCAACGGUUCCAGUUAAAGUAGAAACGCAAAUCUGGGAAGCAUCGUCAUCUCAUAACGCCAGAAACAAUGAUUAUCCACGAUCUAGGGGACGUGGAUUUUGGAACAAGUCGGAAAGUGUUGAAAACUGGAGAAAACCGGGAGAUCAGGUGUCUGAGAAUCAUAACAGUUUUGGUAGAGGAAGAAAUCAGAACAGUUUUGGAAGGGGCACCAUUGGUCAAUGGAAUAAUGACUCUAGUGGAAGGGGAAGUAGAGGGUUUGGUCGAGGCGUUUUAAAUGACAGUGACGGAUUUUCUGAGCAAGGCAGAGGAUUUGGCAGUGACCAGAGAACAAGCAGGAAUGGUUAUGGUAGGACUGAGGAUGAUGGAAGUGGUGAUUCGAAAGUUAUAUCAGUUCCCAGUAAUAGGGUUGGGAGAAUUAUAGGAAAAGGUGGUUCGAAAAUCAGAGAACUACAAGAUGACAGUGGUGCCAAAAUUGAUGUCAAACGUGACAAUCAAGGGGAGAUGACGACUGUAGAGCUAUCAGGAUCCGCAGAUGCUAUUAGCAAAGCUACACAACUGAUAAAUGAUUUAGUUAAUGACGGAGGUGAUAGGAGUUCAAGGUCAUUUGGAGGGAGCUCAAUGAGCAAUGGUUUCAAUGAACCAGCGUCAACAUUUGGUGGAGGAAGAAGUGAAUCUAACAGAGGUUUUGGGCGAUCCCAGCACGGCGAUAGUGCUGAAUCAAUAAAUGUGCCAAGCAGUAAUGUGGGCAGGAUCAUAGGUAAAGGAGGAUCUAAGAUUAGAGAAUUACAAGAUGAAAGUGGAGCUAAUAUAAAGGUUCAGCGUGACAGUGAUUCUUAUGGAGAGACAGUUGUAGAAAUCUCUGGGUCAGCAGAAGCUGUCAGCAAGGCCAAGGAUCUCAUCAAUGAGCUUAUCAGUGAUUCUGGUGACAGGGGGUCAAGGUCAUUUGGAGGAAGUUCAAGGUCAUAUGGAGAUAGUUCAGCAAGUAUUGGUCAAACUGAGGCAACAGAGCAGCCAAGAAAAAUAAACUGGGGUAUGAUAAUGAAGGAGAAAGCAGCAAAUGAUGCUAAAAAAUUUGCAGAUCUUCCUCCUAUAAAGAAGAACUUCUAUAUUGAAAAUUACGAAGUGGCAAAUAUGGACCCAGAUGAAGUUGAGGAUAUAAGACAAUAUAACUUUAAUAUCACUGUGAAGAAUUUGGAUAAAAGUGGUGAGACGCAAGUGCCAAAUCCAGUACGCACCUUUGAAGAUGCAUUUGAACACUUUCCGGGUAUACUUGAGACUAUUUAUAAGCAAAAGUUCACAAAGCCAUCUCCCAUACAGAGCCAAGCAUGGCCUGUCCUGCUGAGAGGCAAAGACUUGAUAGGAAUUGCUCAGACUGGAACUGGUAAAACCUUGGCUUUUCUGCUACCAGCAUUUAUACAUAUAGAUGGGCAGCCUGUGCCAAGGGAGGAGCGUGAUGGACCAAAUGUUUUAGUGCUUUCCCCGACAAGAGAGUUGGCUCUUCAGAUAGAGGAAGAGGUCAAGAAGUUCAGUUAUAUGGGAAUUAGAAGUAUAUGUGUUUAUGGUGGUGGUAACAGACGAGAACAGAUAAAUAUGGUCACCAAAGGUGUAGAGAUUAUUGUAGCCACUCCAGGACGAUUGAACGAUCUUGUUAUGAACAAUAUAAUCAAUGUGAAAAGUGUGACAUAUCUCGUUCUUGAUGAAGCAGAUCGUAUGCUAGAUAUGGGUUUUGAACCAGAAAUCAAGAAGAUAUUGCUGGAUAUACGACCAGAUCGCCAGACUGUAAUGACGAGUGCCACAUGGCCAGUUGAUGUACAGAGAAUAGGUGAACGAUAUUUGACAAAUCCAAUACAGGUGUUUGUUGGAAGUUUAGAUCUAGCUGCAGUUCACAGUGUUACACAGAGAGUAGAAAUUGUGGCUGAAGAAGACAAAAAGCAAAGAAUUGUAGAUUUUAUACAUCACGAAAUGUCACCUGAAGACAAGGUGAUUGUUUUUGUUGGGCGGAAAGUCACGGCAGAUGACUUAUCAAGUGAUUUUACCUUACAUGACAUUUCUUGCCAAUGCAUCCAUGGAGACAGGGAACAGUGUGAUCGUGAGCAAGCUCUGGAAGAUUUUAAGUCAGGAGAAGUACGAAUUCUUGUUGCAACAGAUGUAGCAUCUCGAGGUCUAGAUGUCAAAGAUAUUACGUAUGUGUUCAAUUUUGACAUGCCCAGGAAUAUAGAAGAGUACGUACAUAGAGUUGGUCGGACAGGCAGAGCAGGGAAGACAGGAACGUCCGUCACUCUUGUGACUCGUAGUGACUGGGGAAAGGCUAGUGAUCUCAUUAAAAUUCUCGUUGAAGCACACCAGGAAGUACCUGAAGAGCUUGCUGAAAUGGCAGAAAGAUUUACUGCUCACAGAGAAAUGAGAGAGGCUGAAGGUGGUGGACGAGGACGUUUCGGUGGUAGAGGAGGAGGUGGGCGAAGCUUUGGUGGGGGUGGGGGUGGUGGAGGUCGACGUCGUAGAGAUGAAGGUGGUAUACGCAUGAGUUUUGGAAUACCUUGAAUCUCAGAUACCUAGUCGAGAGAUGAAAACAGAAUUUCAGUGCUAUCAACAACAUUUAAUUUACUGGAAAUGAUAAAGGGCAUAACAUUGUUUGAAAGCUUAAGACAAGUUAAGUUUGGUUCCAUGUACUUUUUAAGAGGAUGAAGGAUUGACUUGUCUACCAAGAAAAGUAGAGAGCUUGGAAAAAGUUUCUAAGUUGCCAAAGUCAAAUGUGUUGUGAUUUUAGUUAUUGGAUUUUUAUUUCUAUGCCCAGUCUGUGAAGAUUUUCAGUAACAGAUACUGUAUGCAGUUUUGCAUUACGCAUGGUGCUAGUCUGAAAUGUGUUCCGGCAGGGAUAUAUUUGUUGCUAGAGCAUUUUAUUGUGUCCAUGAAAUGUUAUAGAGAUAAAUACAACAGCUGCAGUCUAUAAAAAACAUAUUUUCUCAAAAUGCAGGUUACAAUUUCAUACAUGGUAUAGGUAGAUGUAGAUUUAAGACUCCAUUCUUAAUAAUUUUGUUUGGACUUUCAGUAGUCAGAUUUGUAACCAGUAUUAUUUUGGGGGGUGGUGAUGGGGGGGAGAUGUCAGUGGUCAAGUGUGCAAUUCCUCAAGAUUCACCUUUGCUUUAUUGCUGGAAACGGAAACAGUGGUCAAACAUUAUAAUAGGAUGAUUUCUGUGUUUUGCAGAUGACCUCUAUCAUAUUUGAGGUUAGUAGGUUAAAUGUUUAAUCUCAAGAUUUUAAAACAGUUAUGCUCAUUUACUAGAGAAUGCUUGGAAAUACAGUGGACAAACUCUAUAGGAUUUAUUGUAUGUGGUCAGUAGAUAUCCGUAUGAUUUUGAAGAUCAGUUAGUCAAAGGUCAAGGUCAUAGAUGUUUUCAGGUAUCCAAUCCACAAAUAUGCAAGCUCUAUUAACAGUGCUAUAAUUAAAAUAAUAAAAUAUUGAUGCCUGGUAAGUUCAUGUAAUUUUGGUAUCAUAUGAAAGUGUAUUGUCUACUACUGAAAAAGAAAAUAUAAAUUACAUUCAAAAAUGUGUUUAAUAUAUGUAUUAGAAUCUUAUUUUUUUACUUUAUAGUUUUCAAUGAUACUUCAACAGCUAUCCAGUUAUUAUAGUGUAAGACAUCAUUUCGCAGUCAAAAAACAUGACUGCAGUGAUUUGUGCAUGUUGUUAUGGUCAUCUUAUUUACUAAUUCUUGUUCAGCAGACGCAACUCUUCCAAAUGAUACCAAAAAACAUGGGGUCACCUGGCAUCGAAAUGUUAUCUAUUUGUGGGUUGGAUAUGUUAAGCAGAAAGUAGGUAACUGUUAUUUUUAAGGAGUGUUUACCAAAAGUUCAGUUUUAAUAAGCUUUUAAAGUGUUAGAAAAUUAGAUUCUAACAUAGCUCAAUUUAUUUGUCAUUUAAGAAGAAAGUUGAGCAUUGUAUAUUCUGCUAUAAACAAUGGUUGGUGCACGGAUUGGUCAGAGAACAAAAUGAUGUCAAAUUGCCUUUUGAUGUCAGGUUCACUAUUGUUUAGAUGAAUGAAGUCCAGCAUAAUUUUUAUCAUAAAAUUUCAAUGGGCAUAUUAGAAUGAAAACAGACAAGGCGAAGUCUUGGCCUUGUGGUUCAAUUCCUGAACUCAGAAUCGUGGUUAAUCAGACAAUUUCGUAAAACCAAAGACUUUCAAGAUACAUUUAUAAAACUGAAAUCUGAAGUUUAAGGCAUGCAGAAUUAUAUGCAAUAAGAAACUGGAUCAAAUUUAUUGAACAAGUUUGGCCUGUGCUUACUACAGUAUAUAGAGAUUUACUCUACAAAAUGUGUAGACCUACACAUAUGAAAUGUGCAACCUCUUCAGUGUGUGUUUUUAGCUCACCUGAGCAAUUCUCAGGUGAGUUUUUCUGAUCGCUCAAUGUCCGUCGUCUGGCGUCUGUCGUCUGUCGUCCGUCUGUCAACAUUUAGCUUGUGUAUGCGAUAGAGGCUGUAUUUUUCAAUUAAUCUUCAUGAAUAUUGGUCAGAAUGAUAACCUUGAUGAAAUCUAGGCCGAGUUCGAAAAUGGGUCAUCUCGGGUCAAAAAAUAGGUCACUAGGUCAAAUCAAAGAAAAACCUUGUGUAUGCGAUAGAGGCUGUAUUUUUCAUUUAAUCUUCAUGAAUAUUGGUCAGAAUGAUAACUUUGAUGAAUUCUAGGCAGAGUUCGAAAAUGGGUCAUCUCGGGUCAAAAACUAGGUCACUAGGUCAAAUCAAAGAAAAACCUUGUGUAUGCGAUAGAGGCGGUAUUUUUCAAUUAAUCUUCAUGAAUAUUGGUCAGAAUGAUAACCUUGAUGAAAUCUAAGCCGAGUUCGAAAAUGGGUCAUCUCGGAUCAAAAACUAGGUCACUAGGUCAAAUCAAAGAAAAACCUUGUGUAUGCGAAAGAGGCUGUAUUUUUCAAUUGAUCUUCAUGAAUAUUGGUCAGAAUGAUAACCUUGAUGAAGU